GUUUAUUUUGGCAGGUAUCAAAAGUCAUGAUUGCUUAAGAAUAUAUUUUUUGUGUAAGAAAACAAUAAUAAUGGUGUUUAUACGUGCAAUAAACAUCAUAAUGAUUAUACAGUGAAUCAGUGAUCAGUAUCUAACACCCACGCAGUUUAGGCGUGGCUGGAAGGGUGGAGCUAAAUUUGACAGCAUCUUUAAAAUUCAAAAUAAGCAAUGUCCAACAGUUCUGAGUCCAUUUCUCUUUCCUCACAGGAAAACCAGCAGAGCCUGUAUACUACCAGCACGGAUCCAUCCUCUACUGCUACUCCAGUUACUGAUGACGACUGCAACAUGCUGACAUACGAGGACACCAUUGGGUCAUCGGGUGGAGCUACUCCGGUACCACGGAUACAGCAGGGCUCAGGGUCGAAUGGAUCACAGAGUAAUAUAGAUUCAAAUGAUAUAGAUGCUCUGUCAACUCCAAAGGAUGGAUCUUCCAGUGUAGAUUGGAACAAAAGCGGUGGCAGCAGCAGGCGAGUUAGUGAAGGAGAUGGAAGUCUUUGCUCUGCUAAUGUUACCAGUCUCAGCAGUGGAGCAGGAGUCACUGAGGAUGAAAUGACAUCGAGUGAAGAAGAAACAGAAGAUGAUAACGAAGACUACUCAUCAUCAUGCAGCAACAGCACAGCAGUUCCAAGGAGGCACACUACUGCUCAUGAACCCAGUGCAAUCAAACCAGCAGCAGCCUUUAUAACUGAGCCUCCUCUUGAGGGACAGGACUCGCUACAACUCUUAGAUCAACAGGUUCUUUGCCAAAGAGUUGAGAAUGGAGACAUUGAUGCAGUCAAGCACAAUCUAAUUCAGAGCGGAUUUAAAAUAGAAUCAUCAUGUGACCAGUACAAGAGGACAUUGCUUCAUAUAGCAUCCUCUCUUGGUCAUUUGGAGAUUGUCAAGUUCUUACUAAUGUCUGGCAGCCCUGUUGAUGUGAGUUCAGUGAAGGGACAGACUCCUCUAAUGGAGGCUUGCAUUGGAGGCCAUCAUAAGAUAGUCCAAUUACUGAUACCUGAAGUGGGGGACCUGGAUCAUGUUGAUGAGGAGGGAAGGUCUGCUGCCCACUAUUGUGCACUUCAUGGUGAAGUAAAGUGUCUGAGCGUAUUAUGCGAUCAUGGUAUUGAUAUUUGUCUGGAGGACACCAUGAACAGGAAUUGUGUUCAUUAUGCUGCCAUGAAGAAUCACUCUGGUGUCAUUCAGUGUCUAAUGGAGAGAGGAGCCGAACUAGAGACAGUAGAUAAUAAAGGACAGACCCCAGCACAUUACGCAGUCAAAUACAAUAGUUUGGCCUGCUUGGAGAUGCUAUUGCACAGUGCAGUUGAUGUUACCCAAGGUGAUAUUAGUGGGACUAAACCAGCUCAUGUUGCUGCUUACUAUGAUAGACUGGACUGUCUGAAAUUACUACUGAGGAAAGGAAAAGUCAAAUGCUCUGACACUGAUCACAAAGGAAGGAAUGCACUACACAAGGCAGCUCAAGGGAAUGCCACUAAUUGCCUCCAUUGGAUGCUAAGCACUGGAAGAAUGGACCCUACUUCACUUGAUUUUGCAGGUAACUCAGGACUCCAUUACUCUGCAAUGGAAGGACAAUCGGAAGCAUAUCACUGCCUAUUGAGACAUGAUGCUGAUGAGUCUUGGUUGAAUAAUGAAGGGCUCACUCCUAUUGACUUGGCAAGGAGACAUGGGAAGUCAUUGCAUAUCAUGAAAGCAAUCGAUGGAAUGAUAAAGUGCCCAUUGUGCGACAAGGAGGAGAGUUUCAAAGAGAAGCCAUACCAAACGCAAGUCAAGAAAAAGAUUGAGGCAGAACAUACGACUCUAUUCACUGCUAAUAAGCUUAGUAUUAAUAAAAAGAAACAAAGACAACAGAGAUCAGCUCAUUCAAAGACUUUAGAAUUAAGUGGACCUUCAACUUCUCCAACUCCAAGACAUUUACUGGCAGCAAAAUAUUAUGGACCUCCUUAUAAAUAAUUGACAUGUAUCAACGAUAAUCAAUUAUUGUUCUGUAACAACACUAAUUAUUAUAACUCUUUGAAUUAUCUUCUUUUUUGGCAAAAGACUACUCAGUAUUUUCAUUAAUAAUAAAAUUAUUUUCAAAAACUAUUCCUAAAACAAAAUCUUUCUAUGA